CUAAGUAACCCCCGUGGUGCUGCUGCUGAAGCUGCUGCUGCUGGAGCUGGAGGGAUGCCGAGAGUUUAGCCGCAGCAUCUGGUGAAAGCGGGCCGUGUGAGGUGUCCAGCUGAAGCCGGGAGCAUGGACGAAGGCACCGAGCUGUCGCUGAGCAUCGCUCAGAUCGUGCAGCGGCUCAAAGGGAGCCAUCUGCACUCUCAGAUAGAGAGGCAGGCUAAGGACUGUUUACAUCGACCUGAGAUAAAAUUGGAGUCGCUAAAGGAAGACGUGCGCAGUUAUCUGAAAACAUCCGGUUGGGAGAAAAAGCUACAGAAUGCUGUCUACAGAGAGCUGCACCUCCAGCUGCCCCCCAGCCAUCCCACGGCUCCUCCGGAGCACCUCAAAGAGCCGCUGGCCUACAUGCGUAAGGCUCAGGCCAGCUGGGAGAAACGCAUCCUCAAAAGCCUGAACAGCAUGAGCACGGAGCUCGGAGUGCCGCUGGCUCGCCAGGUAGGAAGGCCCGCGGCCGAGCAGAAGGAGCUCACCGACAAGUGGAACGAGAUGGGGACGGACGAGCCAGACCUGAGCCGCUUCCGGCCCGUGUACGCCCCCAAAGACUUCCUGGAGGUGUUGAUCGGUUUGCGGAACCCCAACCACGACAGCCGCGAGGAGAUCGGCGCCCGGAGCCACUGGGGCCUCAUUCAGGUUCCCCUCAACGUGCGGGACAUCCCACAGCUGAGGCAGGCGUACUCGGAGCUGAACCUGAACUCCGGCCAGUUGGGGAUUGACGACCACGCACACGUCCAUCCAGACCUGUUUGAAAAUGACUACGUUCAGACCGGCCAAAAAGUGGUCGUGGAGCAGGACAGCGCGGCGGCACAGCAGUACAGCAGACGGGGCUGUCCCACGGGGCUCCGGGCAGACCUCUGGGCCCUCAUCCUGAACUCGACCAAUCAGCAGCAGGACGUCAUGCAUUACGAACAGCUCAAGGCCGGGGUGAUCCAACACGACCUGCUGGUGGAUAACCUCAUCUACAAGGAUGUCAAACUCACCGCCAGUAAUGACGACUACUACUUCGUGUUUGAGGAUUUCCUCUAUCAGGUCCUGCUGUGCUUCUCUCGGGACACCGGCGUCCUGGAGCAUUUCAAGUACAACAGCGCCACCCCCCCUAAAUCCUAUCUUCACGGGAAAGUGGGAGAUGAGGACUAUGCCGUGGUCUAUCCUCCAAACGGUGUUGUCCCCUUCCAUGGCUUUUCUAUGUAUGUGGCGCCCCUGUGUUUCCUGUACAACGAGCCGUCCAAGCUGUACAGCGUCUUCCGGGAAAUGUACAUCCGCUACUUUUUUAGGCUGCACUCCAUCUCCUCUUCUUUCUCAGGUAUCGUGUCCCUGUGCCUGCAGUUCGAGCGGCUCCUCCAGACCCACCUGCCUCAGCUCUUUUACCACCUUCGACAGAUCGGGGCCCAGCCGUUGCGCAUUGCCUUUAAGUGGAUGGUGCGGGCCUUUUCUGGCUACCUCUCCACGGACCAGCUGCUCCUCCUCUGGGAUCGAAUCCUCGGGUACGACUCGCUGGAGGUGGUCGCCGUUCUCGCAGCCGCAGUGUUCGCCUUCCGCGCCGAGAACCUGAUGGAGGUGACGUCGCUGGCCUCGGCCGAGGCCGUCCUCGCCGACCUCUCCACUCUGAAGGUCAUACCGCUCAUCCAGAUCUUUCUGUUCGCCACGGCCAUCUGAAGACGAGCAAAAAAAGACGCUGGGUUCCGGCGCGCCACAAACCCAAGCCGAACGACGAAAGGUGACAUCGGGGCGACGCGCCUCAUCUAGCUGAAGCAAAAAAAGCCAAACGCACCUUUUUAGCCCUAUAAAUAGUAAGCACCCUUUAUGAUAUUAGAUGUCAUACAGUAUGCAAGUGAAUCCCUAAGGCCAGGCCGGCCUCAUUAGGCCGUGGGGAAAGAUGAUCCCCGAUCAGCUGAGGUGAGUUGCAUGAAAGCGGUAAUUGUGUCGCGACGGCAGCGUGCGAGGAGCUGCAGCUACAGUAACGUCUCCGGGCCUGCCUAUUGAAGUGUUAAUUAGCUGCUGCCACUUAUCUAGCUCAGCGGCUCCUGCUUGUUAUUAAACUAUUAGAGCCUUCUGUUACCGAUGAAUGAUACGGCAUCUUAGUUUGCUCCAGCAUGUUGAAAGGAACCUGCAAAAAAGCCAUGAACUGCAGUGCCAUCUGCAAUUAUCAGCACCCCCAUGGUAAAGAGGUAGAAAAAGCCGUAAAAUAAAUAGCGAUUUUAUUGCAAUAGCAAAAUCUCAGUGGUUUUUUUUUUCUUUGUGCGCAACUGUGGGUAUGAGUUCAUUUUCUUAAUUAUUCUUUGGAGUGUUUGCUGCACAGAAGCUCAAUCAUUGGGUGUUUUCACACCUGCAUUUUGUUUACUUUGGCCCAAAUAAGUUGAUGAGUUUGUUAAAUUGCAACUUUUUUUUUUU